ACUGGAAAAAUUAGCCACAAAUAGCACAAUGUAGAAAAGGUGCAGCGAUCGUUCUUUCCUGUAGCUUGGAAGGAUUGUUCCUCCCAGCAGUGCGGCACGUCCAUUCACUACUAUCUAGCCGCGGAGAAAACAAGAGCCAUUGGCUGACACCCGACGCAUUCUCGUCACAAUGUCCGGUGGCGGGUCGAGGCUGGACGACCCCAGCAAGGAACCCUGGCCGAGAUGGCGGCGGCCGUCUGUUAGCAACCGAGUGGUCAAGACGACGCGUCUGGAAGAAGCCAAUCAGAUGGCCAGCUACUACCGAGUGGACCGCGAACCGAUUGGCCAUGGCACGUUCGGCGUUGUCCAUCGAGCUGAGCACCUGGUCAGCAGCCUAGUGGUGGCAGUGAAAAUCGUCGUCAAAGCAGAGGCGGGUACACGGGCCGUGCAGAUGAUGGAGAACGAGCUGACGAUCUUGCGCAAAGUCGAGCACCCGCACAUCGUCUGUCUGCACGAAGUCUUCGAAACCCACCAGCAAACAAUGAUGGUCCUUGAGUUUUGCGGCGGUGGAGACCUGGAAGCUGUAUUGGCUGUCAGAAAGAGAUUAGCAAAUGACGAAGCCAAGACGGUCAUGACCCGCUUGUUCAGUGCAGUCGGCUACAUGCACGACAACAAAAUGGUGCACCGUGAUCUCAAGUUGGAGAAUAUACUGCUGAAGGUCACCGAGGACGAUCCCUGGGACAUCAAGGUGACGGACUUUGGCCUGUCCUGUCUGGUGGAGAAAGGAAACAAUCCGGAGGCAAUAAUGCAGAGCUACUGCGGCACACCUCUCUACAUGGCACCGGAGGUACUGGACUCAUUCCGCACCUACACGAAGCAGUGUGAUGUGUGGAGUCUAGGCAUCAUUAUGUUCAAGCUACUCUCUGGAUCAAUGCCAUUCAAAUCCACAACAGCAGCGGACCUGACCAAGGAGAUCAUGAAGGGCAACAUUGACAUGUCGGCAGCGAUAUGGCACAAAGUGAACAAGGAAGCGAAAGAGCUUCUUCUACAGCUUCUGGACGUCAGUCCGGCAAAGAGGACCACAGCCCAGGAAGCGUUACAACACCCCUGGAUAACGGGCCGCAAGGGAGACUACAAGUUGAAUGUACUGCAACUGAUGAGCGAGAUGAGUCAAGGGAUGAGCUUGGAGCAGAAAUCCAAAUUGGAUGAGUCCAGUGAAGAGCACUCCCAUGCACAAAGUGAGCUGCAGGCGCAGGAUCCCACUAAACUGUCACCGCAGCAUGGCUUGAAAACGGUAAAAAGCAAGAGUUCGGCCACCCUGGGUGUCCCGAAUGGAGGUGCUUCAGCGGCUGCAAGACCUUCGAGUGCGCGCAAGACGUCCCCAAGCACCAGCACUUCUGCUCAUGUGCCCAGCUACAUGCGGCCAACGCGGGCUUCCUCGACGUCUGCGCAGGCAAGCAAGCUGCAGCUGGAACACGUGGCUAAGAAACAAUCCCCAUCCAAAAAGCCAUGAGCUAGAUAGCCAGGCUUUAAGACACCCGAGUGCCAAAUUAGGCACGUGUAGAAGCGGAAUACCAGCUGCUGUUGAGUAGAAGCACAACGCGUACUGGUGCUACUGCUGCUACUUUGGUGACUAUAUUUAUCAUGAUGAUCUCACUGCAUGAACAAGACUGUCCGCGGACACAACGGUUGAACUAUAUCACUCAUCACGCAUGCGCUGACAUCUCACAUCUCUCCCUCUCUCUCUCUCUCUCUCUCUCUCCCUCUCUCUCUCUCUCCCUCUCUCUCUCUGUCUCUCUCUCUCUCUCUCUCUCUCUCUCUCUCUCUCUCUCUCUCUCUCUCUCUCUCUCUCCCAAGCAUUCUUAUUCUUCUUGCCGUUUGCACCACAUAUCGCCACGGUCUAGUGCGUCGGAGAUGGCAUUCUUUGUUUCACCCGUAGCUUAGUAGCUCUACAUAAUGUUUAUCGUAGCAACUGACAGCAAUCACCGAUACCAAUUCCACUGUACUGUACAUAGCAGCUCUCCUACGCAAAUUUAUCUUAAGAACUUGCCGCUUCUCUACACUGUCACUCUGCUGGUACCUUCGGUUCUCUCACUGACGAGCCUGUAGGACUGCAGGAUUGCCUGCCUAGCAGGCCAGCCUGUAGGACUGCAGGAUCGCCUGCCUAGCAGGCCAGCCUGUAGGACUGCAGGAUUGCCUGCCUAGCAGGCCGUAUGCAAUCAUGCAGUACUCUCACUUUGCCAUACAAAAAGCGUCGAUCGGGUGACCACACCUAUGAUGUGCUGUCAUUACCACUGGUCGCAUUCGCUGAAGGAACCAAUGUUCACCUAACCCACACUGUUCAUCUGCAUGCUUGCCCAGGCUUAUCAUCAAUCAUGUACCCUUUUCUUUUUUUCCUCAUCGGAUUAGACAGCUUGCUGCUUACUGACCAAUUUUUUUUACUGA